GUACGUAAAGUACAUCAUUAUAGCAAGUGUGAAACUACUUAAUCUAUUACUACAUUUAUAUCACAGCGCCAUUCACACACAUUGUCAACUAGAAUAAAACCAUUGUGACAUUAGCUAGUAAGAACAUUGAAUAAAGACUUUCUUCUGUUUCCGACACUCAACUGAGAUACAUCACAUUGGCGGCAAAAGGGCAACUCAAAGUAUUACUGCGAGAAAAGAAUCUCAAGAUCUCAGCAAAUUCACCGUAAAUUUUUUUUACAUCGAAAAAGUAAUCGUAAGAAAAACUUUUUUUUUUCUGAACAUCUGUGCAUUACAUGAAAAUCAUCGACCAACGAAAAAUGACGGACACGAAAAUCAUCACCGCAUCAUCGAUGCCGGAGUUUAACCCGACAGAGAAUUGGAAUUUGUGGUUUGAACGUCUCGAAUUACAUUUUGUCGAAAUUGAGUGCACAGACGAAAAGCAAAAAAUUUCAAUUUUAUUGAAAUUGAUCGGAGCAGAAGCAUAUCAAAUUCUGCAUUGUUUAUUCAGUCCGAAAUUACCGAGCAAAGAGAAGUACAACGAUUUGUGUGCGUUGAUGAAAGCGCAUUACACACCACCCGUAAUUGUUUUCAACGAGCGAAGAAAUUUCUACGCAGCGAAAAUGGGAGCCGACGAACGUGUAGCAUCGUGGUUUGCACGUGUGAAGAGGUUAUCACUCGAUUGCAAAUUCGUCGCUGGUGAUUUGGAACGUAUCGUUUUGGACAAAUUUGUCGUUGAAUUGCCAAGCAAAAUAUUCGAAAAACUUUGCGAAGAAGACGAAACGCUGACGUUGCAAACUGCAUUGAAAAAGGCGAUGAUGAAAGAAACAAAAAUUCAACAAUCGCAAAACAGCAGCGUGGACGUGAAUUUCAUCAAAGCGCGUGGCAAGCAAAGCAGCAGCAACGGCAACAACAAUAACAAUCGCAAGAAGAGCUACGGUAACGGGAAAUCGAAAAAACCAUGUGGGCAUUGUGGUUGGAAGAACCACACAUCAUCAUCAUGCAAAUACAAGGACAGCGAGUGCCAUUCCUGUGGACGAACUGGGCACCUAGCCAACAUUUGCAAGCAGAAGGAUAAGAAUAACCAUUGAACCAUGCGAUGUGACGAACUACGACUACCCAAUUUAUUCAAUUGAGGGCUCGGAAGGGAACGAUCGCUAUGAGUUAACUGUGCUUGUGGAUGGAGUCAGGCUUACGGUUGAAUGUGACACUGGUGCACCAUGUUCGCUCAUAUCAAUUCACACAUUUGAUAAAUACUUUGAUCGAAGAGUUUUGAAACCAUGCAACACACCUUUCUCCGGAUACACAGGUGACCCAUUGAAGAUCAUUGGUGAGUUUCAAACAGUUGUUAAUUACAAAGGUCAAAAGAUAUCAGGAAUAAUUGUAGUGACAAACAGUGACCGACCGACUUUGUUAGGUAGAAAUUUUCUACGUGCUUUUAGUUUUGAAUUAGUACAAACAAAUCGCGUCAACAAUAUUUUUGCGCCCAACGAAAUGAUUGAUUCAAUCAAAAGUGAGUUUCACGAAGUUUUUAGUUGCGGUUUAGGAAAGUAUAACGUCACGACCAUUAAAUUACCCAUUCAAAAAGAUGUCACACCGAUUUUUUGCAAACCUCGCCCUGUUCCGUUAGCAUGGCGUGAUAUGAUAGCGAAACAGUUAGAUGACUUCGUUUCAAAAGGAA